AUGAAUCUAAACGUCAAUAUAGAAACUGUAGGGAAAUUAUCAGAGCACAAAGCUUGUAUUACAAAAAUAAUAUUUAGCGAUGAUGAAAAUUAUAUUCUUAGUUCAAGCCUAGAUAAUAAAGUAUGUCUAUGGAAUGUAAAUACUCAUUUACAUAUCAACAGUUAUAAAGAUGUUCAUAAAAAGGGAAUAAAUGAUAUAGCUCUUUUUCGUGACAACACGAAAUUUUUCUCAGCAGGGAAUGAUUUAUAUGUUUAUUUGUGGGAUACGCUAUCAAACAAGAUAUUGAACAGGAUUAACGUAAAUGACAAAAUAAAUGUAAUAAGAUUAAGUACUAAUGAAAAAUUACUCUUCUGCAGUAAAAAUAAUGCCGUUAAUAUUUAUGACUUUAGAGAAAGGGAUUUCAAAAAAAAAAAUAAUCCAUUACAAAUAUUUAAUGAAGCAAAAGAUUGGAUAUCAGAUUUUAUUGUUGACGAUUUUGAAGUAUACACAUGCAGCAUUGAUAAUAUACUGAGAAUUUACGACUUAAGGAUGGGGAAAUUUAUGAAUUAUGAUAUGAAAUCAUCAAUUUUAAGUAUUGACAUAACAAAUGACAAGAAUUAUUUUUGUGUCAAUUUGAUAGACAAUACUAUAAAACUGGUGGAGAAAAAUAGCGGAACCGUUCUUGGGUUAUAUAAAGGAGAUGUGAAUAACAAACAUAGAAGGAAUAUCAAGUUGGACACCAAGAAUAAAUAUAUUUUUUCCUGUUCACAUAAAAACGAAAUAUUAAUUUACGAUAUUGUCAGAAGUAAUACAAUUAACAACACAACUUUUUAUGAAAAGUUAGAGUAUGAAGAAGAUCUUGACAUUUAUAAAAAUACUUAUUUUCAAUUAAAUAUAGGUAAGCCAACCUACUAUUUAAAUGUUAAUAAAAAUAUGCUCCCAGAAAAUUCAUAUAUCGAUAGAGAAAAAUAUAAAUCUAUUUUAAAUAAAUACAAAUACUAUGGAAAAAAAAAAAAACAUAUUGAUUCUUCAGAUAAAGAUUUUCAAAAUAUUAAUAAUAAAUUAGUAUGUGGUGACAUAGAUGGUAACAUACAUAUAUUGCAGUUAUAUUACAAUUAA